GACGUGGAUUGGGAGGAGGAGGAGGCGGAGAUCAACGAGCGGACGCCGGUGGUAAUUUUCAGCAAGACGUAUUGCCCAUACUCCAAACGCGCAAAGCGCCUACUGACGAAGACCUACCUCCUCGAGCCGCCGCCUGCAAUCGUGGAGGUCGACCUGCGCGAGGACGGCGCGCAGAUCAAGCAACUAUUGUCGCGACUUACAGGCCGUGCAACCUUCCCGAACGUCAUCGUGCGCGGGCGCUCGAUUGGCGGGUCGGACGAUGUGCAUAGGCUACACGCCGAGGGCACCCUAGAGACGAUCCUGAAGGAAGCAGGCGUUGUGGUGACG